AGGAAAUCGAUCCAAUGCAGAACCAUUGACGGGAUUCAACUUUUGACCUCUCGAAAUUAAAGACGGCAAAGGUUUCAUUCACUCUUCUACCGCUUGUCUUUACUGCCGCGGAAUAUCCCCCAUUAUUAAUCGGCUACCAGAAAUCAGUUCGCCACAAUAUCUUUUUCUAUCAACUACGCCCUCGAACCCGAAAGCACCAUCAAGCUCCCGCCGCCAAACGAGCCCGACCAGGACCCCCACCUCUCCGUGGCCUCGAACAUCCCUCCUCUCCGCCAGCUUUAAGUCACUGCGCGUGCGCUGUACAACAGUAGUCGGUGCAGUCACAGCUUCGCGUUACGAUAGCGCAUCCUCAAAAUUACAAGCAGAUCGAGAGAUUCCCCUUCCCGCAUCCGACCUCGACUGCCUGCCCUCCAACUCAGUCCUUUCCCCAUUUCUUCCCGUUUCGCAUCAGCUCCAGCUGCCAGAGACCAACGUCUUGUCCCCUCUUCCUGAUAACUCUCAACUCAAGAUCCGGCACCGGGCUCUCGCGUACUGCAUUUCGUUGAUUUGGGAAGCUCCUGUUGACGGGACCCCCUGGCCUCCUCCCAACUCUCUACGACCAUCCCUUCGAACGCCAUCACUCAACCAACGGUCUUCACGAUGGCUGAUUCAGAAUCUAUCGCGAACUUUGCGAGCAUCACCGGGGCCAACGACACAGCUGCCAGGCGCAUGCUGGAGCUGUGCGGCGGUGAUCUGGAGCAAGCCAUCCAGCUCUGGUUUGCCGACGAAGAGCUCCAACGUACCCUUUCCAACCCCGCGACAGAGACAGCUCCCGCUGCCGCUUCUCGAUCUGCUGGCGCUCCUCGCUCGUCAAGCCGGCCCAGCCGCCCCAAUGUCGGCCGUGAGGACGCAGCCGGUGUUAUUCACAUCGACUCCGACGACGAUGAUAUCCAAAUGACGGAAGAUGAUGACCUAGGACAGUUCGACGACUCGGGCGAUGAGGCGACGAGGGCGGCCACCAUUGCCCAGAGGGCCCAGGAGGAGGAGGAUGCCGCCAUGGCAAAGAGACUACAAGAAGAGAUGUACGGCGGUGGUGGAUCCGGAGCUGGAGGUCCAAGCGGUGAGGACGACGUUCGUGCCCCCAUGGCCCGAACGACAGAGACUCUCGUUGCUCCAGGAGGUUUCGGCGGAGACGACGACGAGAUGUUUGAGCAGUUUCGGCUGGAACAACAGAGGGUGAGGCAAGCUCGGGCAGGGCGACCCCAUAACCCGUUCGCACAGCCCACUGUUUGGGAUCAACCUCCCGAUCCCAUUCCCGGCUCCGCUGCCGGCGGUGUGGUUUCUCCCCCGACGGGAACUGCCUCAACGCGGGCUGGCCGUCUGGCAGAGCUUUUCCGCCCCCCGUACGAGUUGAUGGCACAUCUUACCUGGGAUGAGGCGCGUGACGAGGGCAAGGAGGAGAAGAAGUGGAUCAUGGUUAAUCUCCAGGAUAUGGCUGAUUUCAACUGCCAGGCCCUCAAUCGAGACAUUUGGAAGGAUGAGCCGAUCAAGGAGCUCGUUAAGCACAACUUUGUCUUCUUGCAGUACGACAAGACCGACCGCUCAGCCGAGCAGUACAUCUCGUUUUACUUCCCGAACCAGACACACGAAAACCCUCAGAACUAUCCCCACGUUUCCAUUAUCGAUCCUCGCACAGGCGAGCAGGUCAAGGUGUGGAGCGGCGUUCCGUUCCCCAAACCGCUGGAGUUCCAUGCCCAGCUGGCCGAGUUCCUGGACAGGUACAGUUUGGAGGCUCACGCUAAGAACCCCGUCCUCAAGACAAAGCAGCCCAAGCAGGUGGUGGAUGUGGACAGAAUGACGGAGGAAGAGAUGCUUGAGAUGGCACUUCGCAACAGCCUCGAGAACGGAGGCAAUGGCAGCUCUUCGGCGCCCAAGGUCCACGACCCUGAUGCGCUUACCAGGCCGACAGACUCCACCAAGGGCAAGGAGCGAGCCGAUGAAGAGCCCGCUCAGGCGGCUCCCGAGCCUGAACCUGAGGCUCCCUCCACCGAGAACUCCGUUUUUGCUCAGAUCGCCUCGGACCGACCGCAUGUCGAGCCCCCCAUCGACCCCGCCACUGUGACGAGACUGCAGGUCCGCAACCCCCCGCAGCGCAUCAUUCGCCGAUUCAGACUUGACGAACCCGUUCGCCGUAUCUACGAGUGGCUUAAGGCCGAGCCCCUGCCGGGCAAAGAGGGACUUGAGUUUGAGCUCAAGUCUAUGCCUGGAGGCGUCAACCUGCUUGAUGUUAUCGAUGAAACGAUCAGGGAGGCCGGUCUGGCCAAUGGCACUGUCAUGGUUGAGUUCAUUGAGGAAUAGGAUAGCCAUCAGCCUGUUGACGAACUCACGCAGAAGAUGGGCAGGCCCGGGUGGCUGGAUGAUUAGAGCUGGCUUUAUUUCCAGACGGGUUAUUAUACCUUUUCACAGUACAAGGAAGGAUAUAUCGUUUUGUUUUUCCGCACAGCGGGGAAUUGGCGUCACAGGGAGGACAUUUGGAAGGUAUACGAUUGGGAGGAUAAAGCAGACGUUUCACAGCUGAAGAGAACAGGAAGAGGACAGAAGAAGGGAACAAGGCGCAUCAUGGGUCAUAACAUUAGCUUUCUAUAUCUUUCUGCUUUGAUCACCCCUCUUAUAGCGUGGUUAAACGCAUAUCUAGGGUACACGCAAAACGAUAGAUGACUCAAGGUACCACUUCUUCUGCCCAAAAGGCCCCUACUAUUAGCAGAGGUUAUCCAUCACCACUAGUCAUGCAGCAUCUGCUGUGGUGGCUGCCCCAUCGAUGGUGGUGAGGAAUGCGCCGGCGUGCACGGUUACCCCACAAAAACCACACGGGUAGGCAAGGUCAAAGCUGCAAGCGUG